AUGCUGCAGCCACGUGUGUCAGCAGCAACUUUGAUUGCAUGUGCUUUUGGAUGGCAGUUGCGGUGUUUGGUGUUGAGCGCUUCGCGAUUCCAGCACAUUCUAAAUGAUCCUGGUCAGACCAGCGAGGCCUACGCAGGUCAUGCUGGCCGUGCAUUGUCUUUGGUGUGUUCAAAGCGUCGUGGAACGAUUCUGAGCGACUUUUGCAAGAAGGAACUGGCGCGCCUAAAUCCCGGCAGCAAAAUUGAAGGACCUACCCCGGGGAAUCGUUGCAAUGGAGCCCGGAGGUCAGCUUCACAGGCGGAGUAUGACUUUAGCAUGGACGGUGCCAAAAUUAGAUGCAAAAGUGCGCAAAUGUCAUGGAAGAGAAGGGAGAAUCGUUGGGUUGUAAACUUUCGUUCCGUCAAGCUGCCAUGGCCAGGAUUUCGCGACCAGGCCCCGUUCGACCAUUUGUACCUAAUACUGUUCAGCCCAGACAGCUUACACAUCAUCAAGCAUGACCUUCGGACCGGAGUGUAUUCAGUUGGCAAGUCAACAGGAAGCGAAGGUCAUAGCAUUCAUGUCCGUGGUCCACCCGGACAGAAAUGCUGGCAAACUGCACGAUCGCAAAUUCUGCAGAAGUUGCUGGCUCCAGGUCAUGGUCACUGCAAACUCGUGGCUCACAUAGAUUUAUCAGGAAAUAGCCUUCGAAGUGGACCGCCAAGUUCUUCAUCCAGGAAUGUGCUUGAUGUCAGGAAGGCCCAGGACGAAAUGCUCAAAAAGAUGGAGGCAUGGGGCUGCCAGCCUCUUGCAACAAUUCUUUGGUGA